GGGGAGUCUGGCUUAAGGUCUAUAUGACAUGUGCAGAGUUACUGUAAUGGCGACUGCGUCAUUGACCGUGCAAGCUCGCAUUCCCGAUGUAAUCGGCAAUUUGAAGCGAGGCCAGAGAGCACGAUCCCGCCAUGGACUUGGACGCUUUAGGCUACGAUGACUCGACGUGAGUGUCUCCGCAGCUAUUUCUCUCCUUCUAUUGGAUCCCCCCGACGCUACGCGUGCCUAUCGGUUGUUCACGAAGCAUGGAAGUCGAAGCAUGCCUCUUGCGCAUUCAAUUAGUAUUAGCAUUGACGUGCGUGCGCGGUGGGAAUGCUACCGAUCGUCAACGCAAAAAGCUCUUAUAAUCCGGCAAGUUGCUGAAGUUUGCUCCAGGCUGGCGCUACUCGCUUACCUCCUUCAGAUGCUGGCGGUACCGGGGCGACACUCGCACUCAAGAGCUGACGCCUUAAUAGAAAGAGUAUAAAUGGUACCCGUUCGCGACAGCAGCAGUCAACAGCAUUACCGUUCUACUUUUAACCGCAGAACCAUCGUAAUCCACUCGCUACAAUGCCAACUCGCAUUCCUCUGAUCCUUGGAGCCGGCCAAUUCGGCGCCGCCAACACCAGUGAACGAGUCUCUGAUCCUGUUGUCGCGCAAGAGUUCGUCGACCUUAUGGUAAGUCACGGCUACGUCGGUGUCGACACAUCACGUGUUUGUUGCGAUGGUACCUCCGAGAAGCGGUUGGAUCUUAAAGGAGUCGCACGUAUCGACACCAAGGUUUACCCCGAGAAGCCUGGCGACCACUCUGCCGAGAAGGUGAAAGAAAGUUUCAAGGCGUCCGUUGAAGCCUUGAACGGCAAGAAGAUCCGCGUAUACUAUUUGCAUAGCCCUGAUCGCAGCGUUCCCUUCGAGGACACACUCGAAGCGAUCAACGACAUCUACAAAGCUGGUGGAUUCGAGGUGUUUGGCUUGAGCAACUACAUGGCUUUCGAGGUAGCAGAGAUCGUGGGCAUCUGCAAGCUCCGUGGCUUCGUCAUGCCCACCGUAUACCAGGGUGUCUACAACCUCAUCGACCGGCUCACUGAAGACGAGCUCUUCCCGUGCCUGCGCAAGUUCAACAUCAAGUUCGCGGUGUACGCGGCACUCGCGGGUGGCUACCUCACCGAUCGCUUCUUCGUCCCUGGACCCGACAACAAGGAUAUUCCGUUAUCGAAGUUUGAACCAGACUCCAAGUACGCGUGGUUCUAUACCAGCCGCUACUAUCCUGCGGCAUCUGCUGUUGCGGAGUUGAAGGAGGUUGCGCACGCGCACGGCCUGACGCUCAACGAAGUUGCGCUGCGUUGGCUACAGUGGCACAGCAAGCUGCAGCCAGAGGAUCUCGGCGUCAUCGUGGCUGCCAGCAGGAAAGAGCAGCUCCAGACUUCUCUGGAUGAUAGCGCGAAGGGUUCUCUGCCUGACGCCGUCGUCGAGGCCUGCGAUGCCACUUGGAAGAAGGCGCGCAGCGCGAUUACGAAGUAUUGGAUCUAAGUGGAAAAGUACACCAUCGAGUGUUCGGCCCACGUCUAUUAGCUGGAGCAUUCUCAUCGUCAUAAAUUCAUCCCGCUCAGCUAUCACAUAAUGCUCU